GCUCCCAGCCCUCCCGUGUAACCCCUGAUUGGCUGAGGGGAUUGCGGGUCCUGAGACUGAGCGCUCGGCUCGGAGCUGCGCGUCCGCCAGUGUGCACCAGUGAAGCGAGAGGAGCGCUCGUCGGAGUCAACUAGACAGCCUACUGGCAACGAGUGGUGAUUUCUUUUUUUCCCCCCUCUCUCUUCUCUCUCCUCCUCUCCUCUCUCUUUCUCUUCUCUCUCCCUCGCCUUCAGCCGGGCUGGAUACAAGCGCCCAGUGCUCCUACUUCUCUGCUGCAGCCUCAACAUGAGAUGCGUUUUGUACAUACACUAGAGGCUCCUGCAUCGGGUUUUUUCUUUCUUUUUUUCUCCUCACCGGCUACAUUUUCAUCGGAUUUUUGUUUGCGUGAGCGUUGCAUGGACUAAUUAUCGGGAUACGUUGCAGCCCACCUUCUAUCUCCCCUUUUUCUUCCCCCUCCGGAGGAAAUUAAUUAGUAAGUAAAAAGACUUGCGGAGGGGACCGGAGAGCCAAUCUGCUGGAAAUAAAAAGAAAGAGGUAAUCGGGACUUCAGUGAUGUGAUGAGACAUUCCUGCAACUGCACCCUCGUUCUUUAGGCACAGAUAUCCGGACUUGAAGCUGUUGAAUUAUUUUGUCACUGCAGAGCCUUUUUCUCUGUGUGUGUGUGUGUGUGAGAGAGAGAGAGCAGUUUGAAAGCCCAAAGCUGCCGACCGAAGAGGACAUUUCACCACUGCUCUGUAAAAAAAAAAGAAAAGAAAAGAAAAAAAUCACCCAAAGAUGAAGAUGUUUAUCCAAAAUGCGUCCUGAGUGUCCGCUGGCACCGAGGCGGAGAAUUUAACGCAGGACUUCUUCAUCACUUCAUCUGCUCGGAAGAUUUUGCUUAAAAUUUUUCUGGACUUCAUUAUUAUCUUUUUUUUUUUAUUGUUGUGCGUGUGUGACUCACUGGAAUUCUCUUUUACGCAGUCUGAGCUUUUCUCCACCUUGACUUGAGCAAAAAAUAUAUAUAUAUAAAAUAAUGGACAGUUCAUCGUGAGUCAUGUGUAAGAGCAGUUUGCCGCUUGAUACGAGCUGCAGGGAUUUACAGGGCUAAACCCAGUGUUGUGAGGAAGGUUCAGCAUGUUUUCACAUCUCUGUCGUCCCCAAUGUUUCGCCCGCUGCAGUAGACCGGAGGAUGUGCUCUGCCUGAGAAGAGUAAAAUAGGCGAAGGCACUUGUUACAAAUUACAGCUCUCUCGCACCAUGAUAUAAUUUACGCACAAACACACACACUCACGCACGAGCUAUUCGUCGCCCAUACACUUCUUCUUUUUUUUCGCCCCCCCCGGACACUUUAAAUGAGAUGAUUCAUUUGGAGCCGUUUUCCUGUUUUUCUCCGACGCGCAAAUCUUUGUGCGUAAAAAUCAAGGUCUGUUAUUAGGCAGAGGAAGAAAAAAAGAGAGAGAGAGAGAAGAAAAAAAAACUCAACAGGUACAAUGCAAACCAAGGAGAUGGAAUUAAUACAACUCAUUGCUGUGUUGCUCUUGUUUUGGGUCGGGGCUGAGGCUGUGAUCAACCUGAAGUAUGGAAUAAACGAGGAGAUGAAGCCCGGGUCGGUGAUUGGAAAUGUGACAAAGGACGCGCUAAAGCAAGGAUUUCAGAUCGCACCGCAGCCCCCGUACUUGAGGGUUAUUUCCAAUUCAGAGCCACGAUGGGUGGAACUCAGUCCAGCCGGAAUCCUUACAACCCAGAUGAAAAUAGAUCGGGAUGUAGUUUGUCGACAGAACCCAAAGUGCAUCAUUUCCCUCGAAGUGAUGUCAAACUCGAUGGAGAUCUGUGUCAUCAAAGUUGAAAUUGAGGAUUUGAACGAUAACGCACCCAGAUUCCCGACAAGCCACAUUGACAUUGAGAUUUCUGAGAACGCUUCCCCUGGUACCAGGUUUCCCCUAGAGGGGGCAAGCGAUCCGGACUCGGGGAUCUUUGGAGUGCAGUCGUACUCCAUCACCCCGAAUGAGCUUUUCGGACUAGAAAUCAAGACCAGAGGGGACGGGUCCAAAAUUGCUGAGCUCGUCGUGCAGAAAUCGUUAGACAGGGAGACCCAGUCCCACUACACGUAUGAAAUCAGCGCAGAGGAUGGAGGAGACCCUCCUAAGAUAGGCGCGGUCCAGUUAAACAUCAAGGUAAUUGAUUCUAAUGACAACAACCCUGUUUUUGACGAGACGGUGUACACAGUGAACGUGAUGGAGAAUUCCCCCAUCAACACAUUAGUCAUAGACCUGAACGCGACGGACCCCGACGAGGGCACCAACGGGGAGGUUGUGUACUCGUUUCACAGUUACGUCACCGAGAAAACGAGGGACGCGUUUAAGAUUGACCCCAGAACCGGGAUCAUCACCGUCAACGGGGUUUUGGAUUACGAAACGACGCAGAUAUACGAGAUCGACGUGCAGGCCAAAGAUUUAGGUCCCAACUCCAUCCCGGCUCACUGCAAAGUCACGGUGAACGUGAUGGACACGAACGAUAACCCACCUGUCAUCAGUCUGCUCUCGCUCAACACGGAGAUGGUGGAAGUUAGCGAGAACGCGCAGCGCGGGUACGUGAUCGCGCUGGUGAGGGUGUCAGAUAAGGAUUCUGGGGCGAACGGCAAAGUGCAGUGCAGGCUGCAGGGCAACGUUCCCUUCAGGCUGCAAGAGUACGAGAGCUUCUCCACCAUCCUGGUGGACGGCCGGCUGGACCGAGAGCAGAAGGACACAUACAACCUGACCAUCCAGGCGGAGGACAGCGGCACCCCGCCUUUACGCGCCACCAAAUCCCUGGUAGUCAAAGUCACAGAUGAGAAUGACAACCCUCCCCACUUCCUCAAGCCACACUAUCAAGAGAUGGUGAUGGAGAACAACCUCCCCGGGUCGUGUCUGCUCGCGGUGUCAGCAGAAGACCCGGACCUGGGGAUGAACGGCACAGUUUCCUACUCCAUCGUCCCCGGUGAGAUUAAGCACAUGGAUGUAAACACAUACGUCAGCAUAAACCCAUCAGGCCGCAUUUACUCCAUGAGAUCCUUCGACCAUGAGUACACCAGGACUUUUGACUUCAAAGUUUUGGCCAGAGACAAUGGCAACCCCUCCCUGUCCAGCAACGCCACGGUGCGCAUCGUUGUCCUGGACGUGAACGACAACACGCCCGUCAUGACGAACCCUCCGCUGGUGAACGGCACGGCGGAGGUCUCCAUCCCGAGAAACGCUCUGGUGGGCUACAUGGUGACCCAGGUGAAAGCGGACGACUACGACGAGGGGGAGAACGGCCGGCUGACCUACACCAUCUCGGAGGGGGACAGGGCCUUCUUCGAGAUCGACCAGGUGAACGGAGAGGUGCGCUCCACCCGGAUGUUCGGCGAGAACGCCAAGUCCACCUACGAGAUCACGGUGGUGGCGAGGGACCACGGCAAGCCCUCCCUGUCCGCCUCGGCCUACAUCGUGGUCUACCUGUCCCCGGACCUGAACGCGCAGGAGCCUAUCGGACCCGUCAACCUGUCCCUCAUCUUCAUCAUCGCUCUGGGCUCUAUCGCCGCCAUCCUCUUCGUCACCAUGAUCUUUGUGGCGGUCAAGUGCAAGAGGGAUAACAAGGAGAUCCGGACGUACAACUGCAGUUUCUUCUACUUGCGCAGGGUGGCGGAGUACUCAUAUGGCAACCAGAAGAAGUCCAGCAAGAAGAAGAAGCUGAGCAAGAACGACAUCCGCCUGGUGCCGCGUGACGUCGAGGAGACGGACAAGAUGAAUGUGGUGAGUUGCUCAUCUCUCACCUCCUCGCUCAACUACUUCGACUACCACCAGCAGAGCCUGCCGCUGGGCUGCAGGCGCUCCGAGAGCACCUUCCUCAACGUGGAGAACCAGAACUCGCGCAAUGCGGCCCCCAACCAUGGUUAUCAGCACCCGUUCACUGGGCAGAGCCACCAGCAGCCAGACCUCAUCAUCAACGGCAUGCCGCUGCCAGAGACGGAGAAUUAUUCCAUCGACUCCAGUUACGUGAACAGCCGAGCCCACCUCAUUAAAAGGCCCCCAUGUAGCACGUCGACGUUCAAGGACCUGGAGGGGAACAGUCUGAAGGACAGCGGCCACGAGGAGAGCGACCAGACCGACAGCGAACACGAUGUCCAGAGAGGACACUAUGUUGACACGGCUGUCAAUGAUGUGCUGAACAUGACCGUCCCCCCCAAUGUUUGCCAGCUGCCAGACCAAGAUCCCAGUGAAGGCUUCCACUGCCAGGACGAGUGUCGCAUCCUAGGCCACUCUGACCGCUGCUGGAUGCCCCGCGUCCCGAUCCCGGCACGUGCCAAGUCGCCUGAGCACGCCCGUAAUGUCAUCGCUUUGUCUAUCGAGGCCACCACAGUGGAUGUGCCCCACUACGAGGAUGGCACCAUCAAGAGGACUUUUGCCACCUUCGGCAAGGAUGGGCCUGAGGACGUGGAGCGGGGAGAGAUAAAGGGGAAGCGGACUCAGGAGUCUCAGGUGUGUAGCCCCAAGGCCAAUGGAGGGGCUGUCCGUGAAGCUGGCAACGGUCGCGAGGCAGCCAGCCCCAUCACUUCCCCCGUGCACCUGAAGAGCCCGGUGUCCAAGCCGUCAUCUGCCUACAACACGCUGAAAUGCCGCGACGCAGAGCGAAUCGCCAACCACAGCCUGCUGCGGCAGCCGGAGGGGAAGGACAGUGAGCCAGCUGUCAGGGAGAUCAACACGCUUCUCCACGAUGGCCGAGACAAGGAGUCCCCCAGCAGCAAGCGCCUGAAGGACAUUGUGCUUUAGCGAGCUUCUCUACGACACACACCGACAUGCAUACACACAUACAGUGUAAACUCACAUAUAUGUACCCCGCAAUAGCUGUGUGUACACUGAAGAAAGUCAGGCUGUGGAAGUAGAGAGACACACCCAUUUUGCAGUAUACAAUAUUCACGAACCAGCCCGGGCUGAGGAUGAUGAACUGUAGUAUGCUGCAGCUAGUUGUGUGCUCAAGCCGAGGUAGUGGAUGUGGCUUUGUUGUAGUCGCAGUACUUUUUCCUUGUUUGCUUUUUGUUCAGUUUUCUUUCUAUCAGUCUGCAAUCAGUGGACAGGCAGGUUACUGUUGACUGCAUGGACAUGGCCGACGGAGCUCUCCAGCCCUUUGCGCCAAAGCAGGACACUGCGUGUUUGGACACCCGAGGUGCCACUUCUUAAGUACAGUUAUGCCUUUUGAACUACUUUUGUAUCACAAACUGAUAUUUGCCUUCUUUGGUUUUGCAGUUUGUUCUAGCUGUCAAAAUCGCUCUUUGUUCCUUUGUAUAGUGAGCUUCAUCAAUGUAACAAACCACAGACGUACACAGGAUUCAUCUUAAAAUAUCCUCAAUUUACUCCUUCAACAGUUUUCAGUGCUUUCGGGAGAAGGGAAGGGAGGCCUCUCAGUCUCAUUUGCCAUUUUUUUUCUCUGACUAAUAAGAGAAGCUUUCUCCGCGUAUUCCCUGAGGACAUCCUAGUGUCAUCAGACUGUGAGGUCUUUACAGUAUUUAUAUUUUAUCAAGGAUGGAGCUAAAUGAACUCUCGCUAUCUGCCCAGCCGCCCCUGAACGCUGGAAGUGGGACAGACAGAUCCAUGUGUUCGAAUUGAGUUGUAUGAAAAAAGACUUCCUGCUUUUGAAAUCUCCUGUGCCCAACCUUGAUUGUAGCCAGUGGAGCACAAAUUAGAAACUUGUGCUCUGGUCUUGUACUUUUUUUGACUUUUGACUAUGGGGCUAGGAUAGAAGGGAUCGUCACUCAUGUCUUGCUAUGUGAAACUCUCUAUAGGGUUUACUAUUAUCAUUUUUAAUAACCCGUUGUUAUGUGACAAUCCCUUUAAUGUUUUGUUUCAAGAGAAAAAAAACAAAUAAACAUUGGUGUUCAACUGAAGCUACAGUAGCGUUUGUUACACAAACACAAAAAUAAAAAAAACAUAUAUGCCAAAAUAUAUUUUAUAAAUAAUUUAAAAAUGUAUAAUGAGAAUAUUUAAUGCUGUGUAGUUAUUUUAUGAGUAAGUUAUACUUGAAAUUAACUUGCUUUUGUUCAUUUGUCUUUUGCUUUUAUAUUGAAAACCUGAUUUUGUUUUUUUUUUUUUUUAUUUUCAAAAAUGGAACUUGGAUUAUUAUUUUUUUGUUUACUGUGUGACCCCCCCCCCCGCUCCCCCCCUCCUGGCAACUGUUGCAGUCUACCUUGUUGUAAAGAGUUUCUUAUUGGUCAGUUCUUGUGCCAUCAAGUUUCUGUGUGGGCUACUAGAAAAUGUACAAAAAAGACAAAAAAAAGAAAAAGAAACAACAAAAAAAAAAAGAAAAACAGCGUUAUCAGCACCAACAUUAGUGUGUCAGUUCAAUGAGCUUAGAGUGAGAUAGCAAAAAGAAAACCAAAAAAAGAUGCAAACAAAACCUUAACGAUUGCAGGAUGUUGCUUAAAUCUUAGUAUCUAAGGAGGAGAAACAAAAAGGCUCCCAGUGUUCUUCAAGCUGGUAACAGGGUUCCACCUAUUUUAUCUGUCUAAUGAGUCGACUUCCCUGUUGUUGGCCCCGGUCGAGUUUAAACGAGACUUUGUCAGCUUCAACUGAGGGCAUUUGGACGUGCAGACUAGCUUUGCUCCGCGCUGCUGUCACCAUGUGCCAUCUGUGUUCAGUUGAUCUCAAAGAUAGUGUUGAGACCAGAGUGGUAUGAACAGGCCCCCCCCCCUCCUGCGAGCACCGCACAACAGACUGGGUGGAAUCGUGUUUGAUCGAACUAAGGUCUUGAAAGAACCGUGUUGCACAUCAGCAAUGUGGUUUUAUGUUGCUUUGCAGUAAACUAUGUACAAUGUGGAAAAAUAUGAAUGAAAAAUGGACAAAUUGCAUACAACAAAACUAGAUCUUGUAGCUGAAUGUUUUGCUGGUCUCACCCAUGGCUUCUGGCAACAUGAAAAUCGGAAUAAUCACUGAAUGUAUACAGCAGCUUAUAAUUAAACUAUUAAAUGUUC